GAAAACCAAAGGAAAAGCAGACAACAAGGAACAUUUGUGGCGUUGUUUCCUGCUUGCAUUGGCAAUCCGUGCUGGGCAGUUGGUAGGAUUGGUAGGUAGUCCUAGUUCGUAGUUGAGGCGGUGCAGAUCAAUGAACGAGAUGGCGCUUGCAGGGCCACUGAAGGAGGCUUUUCUAGAUGUCACAUGCCGUGGUUGAUGGUCAAAGUGGACAGGACGCUAAGAGGCUAAGGAUGUUUCUUUACUAACGGCGGGUGUUCCUGGAAACCUCUAGAUCAUGCGGAGCACAGAGCUCAGGAAGAGCAACUGUUCUCCUGGACAGGGCUGUGGUAAUCAAGCAAGAGCUCAGAAAAGAGUGUGAGGUCAUUGGAUUAAAAAAGCAACAAAGCAUGUUGCUGGUUGAUGGGAUCCCUUUGGGUGAUAUUGCGACAUCGCGGGAUGGCAAUGAGGGCUGGGACCUGUUGCUGACCCUCUUGCGCCAUCCGAAGAUAGUUGCAAGCGCAGCGGCUUUCCGGCAGCAGAAGCCGGAGUUGAUUGACGCCCCAGAGGAUCGGAGGACUCCUCCCAGCCCAAGGUCUGUCCACGACCAAACAGUGCACCAAAAAGAAGGGGGCCAUACACCGUCGACGCCUGCUGGCACGUGGACAGAAGGGUCCAUCCCUGCAGAACCUGGUCCAAAGUCCAGUGAAGGUGACCAGUCAAAGGGCUCUGGUCCUGAAAGUGGUCCAAGCACAAGAGGUCCUUCUGAACAGUCAGCUGCGGAGCGAAGGAGCGAUGCGGGGCCUGCGGCAGCAGAGCCGAGCGGAUCGGGAAAAGGAGCGUCCGAGCAACAAGAGCCGCGGGGCGACUCCGGCCAACCUCGAUCGGGGAGCGAGAAUCAGAGCACCUCCGAGAUGCAUAGCACCAUCGACGGCUCCGCCAGCAGGCGAACCGUCUACGUGUUCCAGCGCGAGCGAGCGACGGUGCUGCCGGCGUUCGUGGAUGUCGUCGGGACCGAUGAGAUGACGACGUGCAUAGCUGUGGCGCUGAGAGAUCCCGAGACUGGCAGGACCUCUGUUGCACACAUCGAUGGGGAGGACUGCAUCAAGUCCGGCAUAGCGGCCAUGCUCCUUUCAAUGGAACCCGUCAACGGGCCGCUCGAACUCCACCUUGUGGGGGGUUACGACGACUCCGACGAGGGGGACGAUGAAGACGCAACCGGGGGGGCGUUUGACCUGCAAGACAACCCGGGGGAAGAGAACUGGACCGACAGGGGGAGUGCCCCGGGCGAACCGUCGGGGACGGCAGCUGCCGCAUUGACGCGGGGAGGGGAGGCGGGGAUCUCGCAAGGGACGGGAAAGGCGGAAAUGCCUGUUCCGGGGGGGUUGGGCGCAAGCGAGGUAGAACCUCAGGGGCCGGAGAGUGAGGCGCAGCCGCGGCCUGCAACGAUGUCCAGGGGGGGUGAGGGCGGUGUGCGGAGUGUUGCCCCCCCGCGUGGAGAAGUUUCCGAGGAGGCGCACCGGUUGGCGCGGUUCGACUACCGGUCGGACGACGAGGGGCGGAGCCCCUCCCUGGGGAAACGGUCGCGCGAAGAGGAGGACAAGGGCAGCGGCGGUGGGGGCGGCGAGUCCGACAGCUCCGCGAAGGCGCAGCGGCCGUCGGGGGGCAAGGGCAAGCGGCCGGCGCAAGAGCCCGGGAAGCGGCUCGUCGAGGAGGGCUCGUCGGAGCUCGAGGCGCGGGGGAUGGAAGAAGAAGAGGAACGGUAUGAUGACGCCGUGGGGCCAGUGAUGGGGGGCCAGUCGUGGCCGCUGGCCGCGGCGUUGGUCGGGAUGCUGCACCGGUCGAACGUGUGCCUGGAGGUGAAGACCGCGUGCAUCCUGGGGCACAACACGGGGAAGGACCGGGAGGUGGGCAAUUUGUCGAUGCCGGUCGUGCGGGGGCUCGGGAUCGAGCCGAAGAGCGGGCGCGCGUUCCCGGCGACGUUCUCGGUGAACGCGCGCGGGCCGGACGGGGUUGUGCGGGGCGUUUGCAUGAUGGCGUGCGGUCCCGAUCCACGAUGGCAAGGCGUUUUGACCGUGCCGUAUCAAACGGCAACCGAUUCUUUCCACGUGGGUCCAUGUCAGUACGAGAGAAUGGACUCAAUAGCCCGACAAAUGCAAGCAAUGGAUGAUCGCGACUUGCUGUGUCUAACAUCCACGUCGCCCACUUCAGAGGGUACAGAAUUCUUGCCCGCUACAAGGAAGGUGCUUGCAUUUCUGGUAGAAAACCCCAAUUGGUGGGACGUCUUCCCAUUCGAUCAGCCUCGAGUGUUUGUUCGGACAAAAGCGGGGGGCUGGAGAAGAACUGCUUGAUUUCAUUCGCGACCUCCAAGUAGGCCAGUAAUCCAUUCCAGUGCUGAAUUUUAUGUAAGUAGAUCUGACUGUAGAAACAUGCUCAAACGCUGGCUUGACAACCUGAGUAGGUCACAACUGCUACGUUGUCGCACUUCCGCCACUGACAGGAACCGCUAAUCCAAUACUUUAGACACUACCUAAAAAUAUGGAGUUAAACUCGAUGGAUCAAUCCGGAGCAAGCCUCUGGUAAUCCUUUUUAUCAAAUUUCGAGUCUGCCGACCGUGCU